CUUGCUCCUCACAUCGCUGCUGUCACCCUCCGCCAGCGCGCCCUCCGUGUUGUUGUAGUAAAUAAUGGCGGCAUCGGGAGGGGGAUUAUCACCUCCCGCUACCGUCGCGGGCCUAAGCACUCACGCUCCGGCCAAGUUUCGAUUCCCGGGUCGGCCGUGCACGGCUCGAAGUAGGCUGAGGUUGGAGAAACGUAGCAGACGCGGAAGACUUGGUUCUAAAGAUGGGGAGCUGGCUGCUGGAGGGCCGAGGCCCGUUAACAUCGGUCUCGCGUUGAGCGAGGAUCCGUCCCUGCUGCGCCUGCUCGGGGUGGCGGAGAAGCACAGUCGGCAAAGAGAUGCGGGCUUUGACUCCAGCAACAGUGAGGAGGAGGAGGAUUUCACUGGAUUUGGGACCCCGACAACUCGUCCACAGAAAACUUCUAUCACUGUUCCCAAGUCUUUUCUUCUGGGAGCCUCUGAUUCUUCUCAUGGAGCAAAACCUAUCAUUGGAAAAAUUAUGCCCAGGAGCCCGAAACCAGCUCUCAUUGGAAAAAUUGUACCAAGGGUCCAAAGAGAGGGUCAGGGUGUCAAAGACAGCCAAGUAAAAGACAAUGAAAUACCAAAGGCAGUGAUUAAACUGCGAGGUAAGCAGACAGCUCUCACUGCGAAUGAGCAGGACUUUGGAAGACUUAGCAGUACAAAGUCAGCAGACUCGGGCAGCUCACAAAGCCAGACUGCCCCUACCUCAGCAGACGAGCUGAUGAGCGUUCAGACUUCGGUGAUAAGUGCAGAUGAAGCUUCCAAGGUCAAAGAACGAGGCCAAGUGUCAGAGGACUCAGACACAGACCAAUCGCAGCCACAGAGAGCAGUGAAACGGAGGAGGGGCUUUCUGUUUGGGCAUGGCAGACGAACAUCUCAAGCAGUCGCUCUGUCCCUUCCCAAACGGCAGCGAAAGAGGACAGCUAAGGGAAUGGGUGCCUCACCUGAGGCCGGAGCUGAGGCCGGUGCACAGAGUGGAGAGGAAGCAGCGAUGCCUCUUGAGUGUAAAGCUGCUAAUCCCCCAUUGAAGAGAAACCACAAAAAACCACGACGGACACUUUUUGGAAUGAGGCGGAAGCCGUUACAAGGCGGGCCACUCGUUAAACGUCCAAAAUUAGGCAGAACUCGCGUUAGGCGUGUUUUUUACACUUAUGUUACAGAGCCAAUUCCUGGCACACAGACACAAGAUGGGCAGCAACAAGAUCAGAAUACAACUCUAUCACAAGGUGAGACAAGCUUAUCUUCUGAUCAAAUUCAGCAGAACAACUCCUCCACUACUGUGACGAGUGGACGGUCCUCACGGGUCAUCAAAACCCCAAAGAGGUUUUUAGAUGAAGACAUUAUUCAGUUUCCAAGAGGUUCUCGGACAGCAUGGCUGAAGAGUCAACAGAGAGAAGAUGGAAAACCUUUGUGUCAGGAGUCCAUCUUGGAGGGCAGCUCGUUGUGGUCAGACAGUGACUCAGAAUCUGAGGUCCAGAGUCCAACAGCUGUGACAAAGCUGAGCCCAGGCACAAGCCACCUUGAGAUCUACAAGAACCUGAAGAAACUCACCUUGAAAGUGGCGGAGAAAAAGAAGAGCCAGCAUGUCCCUGAGGAGGAUGACGCACAAUCUGGUGACAGUUUGACCUCUAAAACCAGGAAGAGGAGGAGGUCACAAGUUAUGAUGGAGGAGAUGGACUCUCCCGGGGUUGUGAGGAGGCUCGCCAUUGUCGUCAAUCCAGAUGUGAAAGUGCCCUCACAAAUGCCAUCAGAAGAAAAUGGUGACAAUCAUGGUGCAGUCGAAGCCAGAACCAUAACCAGAGAUGGUCAUGAGACUUCAGAAGUUAGCGGGCCCAGUCAUAGGAUUGGUCUCAGUGGAGCCAAUAAGACCAUGCUCCACCUGCUGAAGAAAGCCAAAGUUCAACUUAUCAAGAUCGACCAGCAGAAGCAGCUCAAAUUGUCACAGUUGGGCUCCAAAGAGGUGCCAGUGCCAGUGACUGGGAGGAGGAGGAGGAGGAGACGAGUCGGUAUAUCUCCCAAAGAUUUUGGUCCUCAGGAGCAGCCACUGGGCGGUCCAAGGAUCAAACAUGUCUGUCGGGCAGCAGCUGUGGCUUUGGGGCAGCCCCGAGCGCUGGUGCCUGAUGAUAUUCCCAGACUCAGCGCCCUGCCGCUCCACGAGAGAGAGGGCAUCACCUUUUCUCCAGUAACAGAAGAUGUGGCCGAUGAUGACGACGACAUCACUGAUCAGGGCAGGACUCAGUGGGUUGUCUCUCAGGAAAGUAUCCAGCGGAGGAGGGGGAGAGGGAGAGGGAGGGGAUUCGGCAGCCGAUUCAAGAGAAGGAAGGCCCUGAGUCAGUAUGGUCCUGGCGGCGUGCGCUCACGGCGCUGUGGAGUCUGCGAAGGCUGUUUGGUUGUCGAGGACUGUGCAAAAUGCAUGAACUGUCUCGAUAAGCCCAAGUUUGGGGGGCCCAACACCAAGAGACAAUGCUGCAUAUACAAGAAGUGUGACCGGAUUGAGAAAGCGAAAAUGGCGCGUUUCAUGAAACCCCUGAAACUCCAGGCAAGGCGGCCAUCAGGCUCUGUGUCAGGCAGUGAGGAUGGAAACUGGACCUCUGGAGGGUCGCCAUCCGUGGCUAUCGGUGUCCAGAAACAUUCCCUACGUAACAUCAAACCCCGCUCCUACAGAAGCCUGCUGAAGUCUGAAUCUGAAGAAGAGGAGGAGGAGGAGGAACAGAAAAAGGCAGAAAAAAUCACUGUCAAGCAAGAUGCAGGUGCUGCUAGCAACCAAGAUCUUGAUCCUGAAGAUGGUGGAUCACAGCUGGACAACUUUCCAUCUGAAGCGAAGCAACGGCGUCCUUUCCCAAGAGGAGCUGUGGGCAGACCCAGAGCUUUCAAGGAUCAGGCGUACACAGGAGAGACGGAGCCCAGAGACCCCGACCUGUCCAGGAGCCCAAUGCCGAAGCUGCAGCGGCAGCUACAAAUACACUUACACCGCCUGCCUGAUUCUGUGCUGCAGUCUGCUCUGUCUCGACAGUGUUUGGAUGAGUGUGCCACAAAGUCCCAUCCACUAAUGUCCAAGCUUUUAAAACAACCUGCUGUUUCAAAAUCAUCACAUCCCACAACACAGUCUCCCACAGAAUUAUCCCCACCUGUCCUGCAUCCCACCUCUCCACUUUCACCAACAGACUCUGCUCAGAAAUCUCUGCUGUUACGUUUGCAACGUUUGCCUCAGUCUGUGAUGCAGUCAAUGUCCCCUUCAUACAGAAUUAAGCCAUCAUCAUCUCCACAGAAACACCAGUCUGUACAGAACUUGUGUUUGGAGGGAUGCCCAGAGGUGCAGAAAAAGAGAACUAAAACAGUCCUCCAUAGUGUGAAUGUGCCGCUUCAUGCUCCACACUCAGAGUUGCAGGAGAGAAGACGAGAGGACCUGGAGGACACACGAGAGGACAGGCCUGAAGAGGAGAGGGACGAAGAUUCUGUAAAAGAGAGAGUGCUGCAAACAACUUACCCACCCUAUGUCCUUCGUUCCCAGAGUCCUGCAGAGUGUGUGUCAACGAACAGCCCGACAGGGUUUACUAAUGGGCUUCCCCAAAAGGGCCUGUCACAGAACACGUACAAGAUCCGCGUGGACUUCAAGGAGGACUGUGCUGUGCAGAAUGUUUGGCUGAUGGGCGGCCUCAGCGUCCUCACAUCUGUUCCUACCACACCACAACCUGUCUGUCUGCUGUGUGCCAGUAAAGGGCAACAUGAGAUGAUAUUCUGCCAGAUCUGCUGUGAGCCUUUCCACAGUUUCUGCCUCUCACCAGAAGAGCUUCCCAUCAAGGAGAACAAAGAGAACUGGUGCUGCAGGCGCUGCAAAUUCUGUCACGUGUGCGGACGUCGAAGCAAGAGCACAAAGCCUGUGUUGCAAUGCAGGAGAUGCCAAACCUCAUACCACCCUUCCUGCUUGGGACCAACCUACCCUAAACCUAUGAACUGCAGCCUGCCUUGGGUGUGUAUGACGUGUAUUCGAUGUAAAAGCUGCGGUGUGACUCCUGGAAAGUCCUGGGACCUGGCCUGGAACCAUGAGGAGGACCUUUGUCCAGACUGCACUCCUCUGCACAAGAAAGGGAAUUUCUGCACAGUCUGCCACAAAUGCUACAGUGACAACAGCCAACACAACCAGAUGAUCCAGUGUUCACAGUGCAGCCACUGGAUUCAUUACACGUGUGAAAGGCUUUCGGAUGAGAUGCUUGGUUUACUUUCAACCCAAACAGAAGUUCUUUUCAGGUGUUCAUCCUGCAGCCGACCUGAAACCAGCAGCUUGAGAGAGGAGCUGCAGAGCAGGCUGAUAGCCGGGCUGCAGGAGGUGCUCAUUGACCUCCUCUCUGACAGCACUACCCAGCAUCUCCUUAUCUGUAAAGUGUGUCGGGAAAGCAACCUCACAGACUGUGUCAGGGAAGCAGAGCCAGUCUGUGAUUUACAAGCCAUGGAGAGGAAGUUUAAAGGGGGAGGAUACACCUCUAUAAAAGCUUUCCAUGCCGACAUUGCUGCUGUGAUCAGGAGGGGGCUGAAGGAGGAGGAGUCUCUAUUUGAAGAUCAGAGACCAAGCAGUCAUGCCAAGGCACACUACGUCAAACUAAUUGAGCGGGUUUUUAGUUGGUUUCCAUCACAUCAUCUGAAAAAGUGGAACUCGUUCUCAGAGGAAUUCCCAAGUGGCAUGCUCCCUGAAGCUGUCCUCCCUCCCUCUAAAGAGCACAGCUAUGCACAGUGGCUAGAAAGGACCUACCAGCCCAGAGAGUUAAAGGGCCAGCAGUCGGGGAGAACUCCCCUGUCCUCAGUUACACCUCAGCAGAGCCUAAAACGAUUCUCACACGAUGGAAUAAGUGAUCUAAAAACUUCCAAGACUGAAGAUUUCAGGCAGUGUGCCCUGUGCCAACAAUAUGGAGACUCUGCUCCUAGAGACGCAGGACGGCUGUUGUACAUAGGACAGAAUGAAUGGGCCCAUGUGAACUGCUGCAUUUGGUCUGCAGAGGUAUAUGAGGACAACAGUGCUCUUUUGCAAGUUCACAGUGCAGUCUCAAGAGGGCGCCACCUGCGUUGUGAUCGUUGUGGGCAGUCGGGAGCUACAGUGGGUUGCUGUCUUGCCACUUGUCAGAGUAAUUUCCACUUCAUGUGCGCUCGUAACCAGAACUGUGCAUUCCAGCUGGACAGGAAGAUAUUCUGUUACAAACACAGAGAUCUCCUCAGUGCAAAGAGGGUGUCUGGGAAAGGGUUCGAAGUCAAUCGACGGGUGUACGUAGACUUUGAUGGUAUCAAUCUCAGAAGAAAGUUUCUCACAGGCCUCGAGCCAGAAUCUAUAAACAUGACCAUAGGAUCUCUGCAAAUUCAGAAGCUUGGUGUGUUGUCAGAGCUUUCGUCUCAUGGGAGGAUGCUGUAUCCUGUUGGCUAUCAAUGUUCUCGGUUGUACUGGAGCACUAUAGACCCCCGCAGACGAUGUAAAUACACCUGUAAGGUGACUGAAGUAAGCACUCCACUCCCUGGUGAGGAACAGGAUCCCAAAUGGGACCAAGAUGAGAAUCACACCAUAGUCCACAGUCCCAGCCACCACAGAGAUGUGGAGUCUCCAGAUCGUUUAAGUUCCUCAUCCAGCCCAAUUAAGUCCACUAAUUCAUCACCCAACUCUAAACACCAAAAUACACCUGGAUCCAAAAGUCCUGGUUAUACACAAACUAGGAGACCAGCAGGAGGAUCAUCUCGACCACUUCCAUCCCCAGGCUCUGCUCUUCCCAAAUCACAUCACGUCUUGACAUUACGGGAUCUGGAGGACACUCGUCGACCCCGCAGGCUGUCAUCAAGAAGCCGCUGUAGUUCCUCACAGUCAGACAGCGACCCCUCUGUACCAAUGAACCUCCGCACCAGUGGUGGCAUCCACUCUAGAUGUACCUUCUUCAGCUCCCCUCCAAGAUCAUCCAACUUGGGAUCAGCCUCACCUCCACUGUCCAGACCAAACUCCACAUCACCUGUCUGGAGCUCGCCGCCUCGAUCAAAUUCUGGCGUGUCUUUGGGGCUGUCGCCUCGGCAAAGAGCCAUCACUCACUCCCCCAGAGGGAGGCAGAACUUUAAAAUCACCACCCCAGUUUCUGCAGAGGUUCCCCAGGACUUCCUAGCAUCAUCUGAAGCUGAAGAUGCAGCAGUGGCCACAACCAAUGGGAUCUCAUUAGCCCCUGAUAACCUGGAGGAGGAAGUAGCUCAUCUCAUGGCGCAGGAGCUUCCUUACACUGUGUUUGACACGGACACGGAAGUCGCUGUGGCCUCCAUGCUCAAUGCUAAACUUGAGUUUGACGAGGCUCUGCUCAGUGAGACUGUGACACUGGGAGGGGCUGUGAGGGGAGAGGUGGAAGGUGUAGUAGAAGAAGUGCAGGAAGGUAAUAAGGAGGACGACUCAGAAAAUGAGGAGCCAAGCCAUUACCUGAAGUUUUCCCGCACAGUGGUGUGUGAUGUGGCGAGUAGUUCAGAUACCUCAGGUCAACUCCCGCCAGCACAGUCGAUCUCACAGUUAGACGGAGCAGACGGAGGGUCUGAUAGCAGUGAAAGUGACUCGUCUGAUGAUGAAGCUCAGCACAGAGAAGGAGAUGGAGAGAGUAGGGUUCAUACCAAUCAUAAUACUCCAACUAAACAGUUGACGGUUGCUCUAAAGAGGCUGGAGUCCAUCUACACAGCUCCAGAGUCAGUAGAGGAGGAGGGACCAGCUGAGGAAGUUAUAGAAGAAAAUUCUUUACUAGAUGACUUUCUUCAACCAAGCUUUGUCGAUGAUGAAAUGUCAGUUCAGAGUGAAGAGGUCCUUAUUAGCUCGGAAACACCACCCUCUCCAAAUGAAGUGGUGUUGGAUUCAGCUACAGGCCAUUUUGUUUCAGCUAAAAAUGGCGCUGUGCUAUACUCCCAUGUGGAUAGAAUUGACAAUAAAGAUGAGAAUAGUUCAUCCAAUGACUCAGUUGAAGGAUUUAAAGAUGAUUUGAAUGACCCUGAUUAUUCUCCAGAACCCAAAAACAAAAGGUCUCCUACAAUGCUGAUGAAACCUGCCAUUGUGAAGACAAAACGUCAGCCAAAAAACCCCAAGCGCACCUCACCAAAAGCAUGUCUUCCACUGCAUACUACAGUUUCCCCUCCUUCUGCCACUUUGUGUACAGUCCCACGCACAGUCACAUCCCCCAUCAUGAUCAAUGGUUUGAACGCACUACCAAUUCAGCCCGGUGCCACACGAGGCAGAGCUGUUGCCAUCCGCUUGGACAACUCGAGGCCUGUAGGUCAGCCACAAGUGGUCACUCAGAAUCAGGCUGCAGCCACCAGUGCGCCUGUGUCCCAGGGUCCUGCUCCUGCCCCUCAGAUCCUGCUAGUCAAUCGGCAAGGUCAGAUUCUGAUUAAAGACCAGAGAACAAAUACUUACCAGUGUCUUAGUUCAAAUUCACCAGCUUACAGUAAAAUAAGCCAGAUCGCUAAAAUUCUCCACAGCGGUAACACCUUGCCUGGCUCAGUUCCUCGUGUCAUCAUAAAACCUCGUCUGAGCCCCUCGGUGUCAACGACCCCUUCUGCUGCUAACAACACGACACCAACUCAGAAAAAGAUCAUCUUUAAAGUGAUGCCAGUGAGAAGCAGCAUGACUCAAUCUCAGACAACCCCUGUCAGUGUGCUCAAGGCUCCUGCAGCAAGUUUAUCCACCGUUCAGGAGACCACCGCUCAGGCUAUUAUUAACAGAGCCAUGGCGUCACACCGCGAACAACCACAGCCAAAACCCAAACCAAACAUUCUCAAAAAAACUCAACGGCCAAACACCAGCCAUCAGAGAUCGUCCCAGUUUCUGGACUCGGAGGAGUCAGAUCAUUCACCAGCUGCACGUUCAGACUCUUCUGGCAGUUGUCUCAAUGAGCCAAAUUCAAACCAGCAACAAACUCCUGGCCCACCUCGGCACCAGGUGAGGGUGAAGAGAGUGUCAUCGGUGUCUGAAAGGCCCUCUAGAAAAAAAUCCAAGAUUGACUUCUUAAAGGAUCCCAACAGUGAGCUGGAGGACUUAAAUGAGUCCAGCAGACCCAGUGGUGUUAGAAUGAAAGCUCCAACAAUAAAAGAAGUUCUCGAUCUGAAUCAGGAUAUACCUGAAGAGACAAAGCCAUUGAGGAUCACAGCUCCUCCUCUUCCGCCACCCUCCAGGCAUCCUCAAGUUGAGAGCCCAACAUCACAAAUCAACAAUCUAAUGAGGAGUAACACGCACAUGUGGGUCAGUGCUCGCCAUGGAGACCUCUCUGAUUGGGGCCCAUAUUCAGGUUUUAGCUCAGAAGAAGAAAUACCAGCACCCAAACACAAAAAGAGGACAUACAUGAACCAGCCUCACCUGCGUUUUGAAAUCACAAGUGAUGACGGCUUCACUGUAAAGGCUAACAGCAUGGAGGGUGCUUGGCGUGCUGUGAUUAACGGCGUCCUGGAAGCUCGAGCAGACUUCCACAUGAAGCAGCUGCCUCUGGGUGUGAUGAGCGGGCCGAGGGUGCUUGGUAUUAUCCACGAUGCUGUUAUCUUCCUGCUAGAGCAACUGCAGGGCGCAGCAAACUGCAAACGCCAUCGCUUCCGUUUCCACCGCUGUGAUGACAUCGAGGAAGAGCUUCCCAUCAAUCCUAGUGGCUGUGCUCGCUCAGAAGUCUACACACGGAAAGCAACUUUUGAUAUGUUCAACUUCCUGGCAUCACAGCAUAGAGAGCUUCCUGAGAUAGUUGGUCCAUUUGAUGAAGAGGAGGAUGAAUUCCCACUGAAAUCUUCCAGGCGAGCCACUAGCAGUGAGCUUCCCAUGGCUAUGAGAUUCAGACACCUGGAAAAAAUCUCCAAAGAAGCAGUUGGAGUUUACAGAUCUGAAAUUCAUGGACGUGGUCUUUUCUGCAAAAGAAACAUCGAGGCUGGAGAGAUGGUUAUCGAGUACGCAGGCACCGUGAUUCGCGCUGUUUUGACUGAUAAGCGGGAGAAAUAUUAUGACAGCAAGGGCAUCGGCUGCUACAUGUUCCGUAUCGAUGACUUUGAUGUGGUGGACGCAACGAUGCAAGGCAACGCGGCUCGUUUCAUCAACCACUCGUGCGAGCCAAACUGCUACUCUCGUGUCAUCAAUGUGGACGGCCGCAAGCACAUAGUCAUCUUCGCUCUUAGGAAGAUCUACAGGGGCGAAGAACUGACCUACGACUACAAGUUCCCCAUCGAGGAUGAGAACAACAAGCUGCGCUGCAACUGCGGGAUGAGACGCUGCCGUCGCUUCCUCAAUUAGUACAACACACACAAACACACAGUGUAGAAGCAGUCCUAUUAUUGCACUGGAAUUCAGGAGGUGGACUACUAAGACCUUUGAUGCAUCUGAUUGUUGUGAAGUAGCCAUAGGAGUGAGGUUGUUAACGCACACAGACCCAAUCUAAUGAGUUUUCACUUUGUUAAAGCUUAAUUUAUUGACUAUUUGAGGUCAGUUUCUGUUUAUUUCUGUGAGUCUGAAGUGCAACACAGGAACCAGAUCAGAGCCAUAAGACAGAGCAUGAAGCAUUUAAUAUUUAUUUGAUUUCAGGCUGCUGGAUUACCAGUCUGUUAGGAAAUGCAGUUCAAACAAUACAACUGCUCUACCUUUUUGGAUCUGUGCACUGUUCUCCUAAUACUACACGCUCUCUCAGUUUUUGCAAUGUUAAAUUUGUGAGAAGCUUCUGCUGAAACUCGGUCUCAAUAAAAGCCAGGAGGUGGAUAAUAACCAGUUACAAACAGAGCAAACUACAAGAGAUACCACUUAAUAGAAUAUUUCUGUUUUUAUGCUGGUGACAAAGUGUUUUUGUAAACAAUGGUCACAGAGCAGGAUUAGGAAUGUGUAUUCAGCACCUUAAUCUGACACAACCUCCUCUGGGAGCAUUGGUGUCGCAGCAGACAUUUUACUUCAAAGCAAAAACUCAAACACAUUUAACUCAAGGCACCUUGUGUACAGUGUGGUGCAGCUGCAUUUUAACUUCUCUCUGGAAACAACUUGUGAGCAGGGAAUCUUAAUAUUUUGGCUAACCGUAGUUUAAAUGUAGUCACCCCCCCCCCCCCCCAGUUUAUUCUGUUGAAAUCUUUUUAACUUUCGUUUGUGACGGCAGAUUUGCUGUGAAGCUUUUAUCCUGUUUGUCUUAAUUUGUUUCUGUGUGCUUUUUGUGUAUUUUAAGAUCUAUGAGGGAGAGUUUCCAUGAUGCAGGGUUCAAACUCAGUAAAGUGAUCUUGCUUGGCACAGUCCCCUAUAAACCCUUUUGUAUUUUUGUAUAUUGGAAAAAUAAAUGUAUAUUCAACAAGUUAAUCUAAAUACGUGUUGACCUUUUAACUUUCUAUUUGUUAGUGAAGACUGACUAAUAGGACCGAAGCUAUUGAGUUACAGAUCUUUCUUUUUGCACCCUCUUCCUUCUGUUGUGUUUUUUUCUAUCACAGGUGUACUACCUCAAAACUGUUAUGAAGCAAAUUUAAUUUAAUUAUACAACAAAAUUGGUAAAACACUGCUUCCUUAUUUCCUCUCUGUUCAACCUUUGUAAUAAUAUUUUAUAAGAACCAAAUCAAACUGUUGAACACUGACUUGCUAUUAUGCCUGCGGUUAUUUAAUAAGGAAGGCUGGCCACUAUGUUUCUGUGCUUGUUUGUUCUGUUUGAAACCACAACUAGCGAAUGGAUGUAGAUACAGUCCUUGAGUUUAGCUUGAAGACUUAAUGCUGAGGAUGUUUGUUUUGUGUUUUUUUAGACAAUAACUGAAUUUCACUUGGAAAGAUUGGCUCACAUUGGUUCCUUGCCUGUAUAUAGUUGUAUAAAGAAUUUCUAAACCUGUUAAAUAUUUUUGUACCAACAUUUUUUUUUUA